UGGUGGCAGUGGGCGUGUUUUCAUCCAGCUAACGGACCGCUGGUGAGGCACAAACUUGGUUCUCUUCUCUGGUGUUCCUUCAGACCUACUGCGCUAUUUAACUUCCAUUACAGCAUGUUUGAACACUAAUGCUCUCAUUUCACUAGCAGCGGAAUCUGAAGUUCACGCGCAGCCGUCCGUUUGUUCCACCGCGCGCUGAUGUUGAUAUGGACCUGUAGCCUUUAGGUGCGUCCAUACACCGAUCACUACGACCGCAUCACCCUUAUUAAACUGCGUUAAAUAUAAAAACCAGAGAAAUGCAAAGUGAAAAGUCGGAGCCGACCGAAGCCAAGGGCGCUGAGGAGAAUGCGUUAAGUAACCUGAGAGCCGCAGAAGCCUCCAAACCCAAAGGAAUCAGCGCCGUGGCUGUGCUGUGGACCUUCGGGAAAUGUCUCAGCGCUUUGCUCCCUGUCUAUCUGGCCGGCUACUAUCGGGUCAGCACCAGCCUGCUCGUGUGCGGCAUGAUGGUCUAUACGGGAUGGAAACAUGCCCGAGAGGCGAAGGAGGAGCGCCUCAAGUCGGCCAUACAGCUGCUGGACAACGAGGAGGAGCACACAUGGAAGAGAGCGUCCACGAUCAAGAGAGACCUCCCUGCGUGGGUAAACUUUCCAGACGUGGAGAAGGUUGAAUGGCUGAAUAAGGUGCUGCAGCAGGUGUGGCCCUUUGUCGGCCAGUACCUGGAGAAGCUGCUGAUAGAAACGAUCGCUCCCUCUAUCAGAGCCUCAAGCGCUCACCUCCAGACCCUCAACUUCACCAAAGUGGACAUGGGAGACAAGCCCAUGAAGGUGGUGGGCAUCAAGGCGCACACAGAGAAUGACAAAGGUCAAGUUCUGCUUGACCUCUACAUCAGUUAUGUAGGAAAUGUGGAGAUCAAUGUUGAGGUGAAAAGAUAUUUCUGCAAAGCGGGAGUGAAAGGAAUACAGCUACAUGGGAUGAUGCGAGUGAUUCUGGAGCCACUGAUUGGAGAUGUCCCCAUAGUGGGCGCCGUCACCAUGUUUUUCAUCCGUCGACCUAAACUAGACAUCAACUGGACUGGACUGACCAAUUUAUUGGACAUUCCUGGACUCAAUGUUAUGUCAGACAGCAUGAUCAUGGACGCCAUAGCUUCGUUCUUGGUGCUGCCAAACCGUCUAGUUGUCCCUCUGGUCCCUGGUUUGCACGUGGCUCAGCUGCGCUGUCCCCUACCCAGGGGAGUGGUGCGCAUCCAUCUGCUGGAGGCGCAGAGUCUUGCAGCCAAAGACAACUAUGUGAAAGGUGUCAUGGCUGGCUUAUCUGACCCAUAUGCCAUAUUAAGGGUGGGUCCUCAGACCUUUACCUCCAAACACAUCGAUAACACCGACUCUCCUAAGUGGGGAGAGAUGUAUGAGGUUAUUGUCCAUGAAGUGCCGGGUCAGGAGCUGGAGGUGGAGGUUUAUGACAAAGACACAGACAAGGAUGAUUUCUUGGGAAGGACUAAAUUAGAUUUGGGCAUUGUGAAGAGAUCCAUCGCUGUUGAUGAUUGGUUCACACUGAAAGAGACGACAUCUGGACGUGUUCAUUUCAAACUGGAGUGGUUGGCCUUGCAGCCAAACACUGAACAACUUGAGCAGGUCCUGAAAAGGAAUGAAAGCGUCACCAGCAAGAACUCGCACCCCCCCUCCUCAGCUAUCUUGGUUGUGUAUCUUGACAAAGCUGAGGCACUUCCCAUGAAGAAGGGAAAUAAGGAGCCCAAUCCCAUGGUGCAGAUAUCCGUGCAGGGAACCACUAAAGACAGCAAGAUUUGUUACACAACUAUCAACCCAGAAUGGGAGGAAGCUUUUACCUUUUUCAUCCAAGAUCCUCGCACGCAAGAAAUAAACAUUCAGGUGAAGGAUGCUGACCGCGUGCAGACUCUGGGCAAAGUGACCAUCCCUCUCUCCCAUGUCAUGAAGACAUCCCAUCUUUCUCUAGACCAGUGGUUUCAGUUGGAAGACUCUGGAACUGCUAGUCGCAUCUAUAUCAACUCAGUUCUCAGGGUCUUGUGGUUGGAUGAGGAUCGUAUUUCAGCUGAAGUCUCUUCUAAUUUGGCUGCUGGAGUUUCUAAACAGUUGCCCAUGCAGGCCUCCCCUCAUCCCAGCUUUGCUACAGAGGGGCUGUUUAGAAUCCACCUCCUGGCGGGUCAGAAUCUCAUUCCGAAAGACAACCUGAUGGGUGGAAUGGUGAAAGGAAAGAGUGACCCGUAUGUCAAGAUUAACAUUGGGGGUGAAACAUUCACAAGUCAAGUUAUAAAGGGAAAUCUGAACCCAACCUGGAAUGAGAUGUAUGAGGUUAUUCUGACGGAGCUCGCUGGUCAGGAGCUGCAUGUGGAGAUGUUUGACAAAGACAUGGACAUGAAAGAUGACUUCAUGGGAAGGCUGAAGAUAAGUCUGAAGGAUAUCAUCGACUCUCAGUACACAGACCAGUGGUACACGCUGAACGAUGUGAAGUCUGGUAGAGUUCACAUGGUCCUGGAAUGGGUUCCAACAUCUUCAGAACCAGACGGGCUAGACCAGGUCCUUCAGUUCCACUCUAGACAGUCCUAUCAAAACAAGGCAGUGCCCUCAGCAGGGCUCCUGUUUGUGUAUGUCGAACAAGCAGAUGGCCUACCAGUAAAGAAGAGUGGAAAGGAUCCAAAAGUAGGAGUGGAGUUAAGUCUUCGUGAAAUGUCACGCAAAACUACAGUAUGCGAUCGUACAACCUCUCCUAAAUGGAACGAGGCAUUCUACUUCCCUGUUCGUGAUCCAAGACAGGAUAUCCUCAUUCUCAAGCUUUCCCACAGCUGGACACUGCCUAUUGGUUCUCUGAUUGUUCCUAUCAGAGAGCUGCUGUCUGAACCAGAUCUUGUCCUGGAUCAGUGGUUCCAUUUGGAUGGAGCCUCGCCUGAGAGUCAAAUCCUUUUAAGGACUGAACUUAAGGUGUUGGUUCCUACCAAAUGCCCCGUUCCUACUGAAAAGGCUAAGAUGUCUGAAGUGUUAGACCCUGCUCCAGCCAAGCCCCUACCAGAAACAGACACAAUCCUCAAGACAGCCUCUGUGGAAACUCCUCCUGUGGAAACCAUUGUUCCCACAUUGCCUUUGGAUGAGGAGUUUCAUAAAGUAAAGGAAACUGCAUUGAAGGAAGAUCAAGAGGAAGAAUUAGAGAGCCCAACUGUAUCACUACCUCCUCACUCAUCCCCAGACCUCACCUUUGCCAGUGAGGGACUACUUAGACUCAUCCUUUUGGAGGCUCAGAGUCUGGUUGCCAAAGAUACCAUAAUGGGUGGUCUGAAGAAAGGCAAAAGUGACCCCUACGCAAAGAUCAGCAUAGGUCAGGCCACGUUUAAGAGCGCUGUGGUAAAGGAAAACCUCAACCCAGUCUGGAAUGAGCUGUAUGAGGUGGUUCUAAGACCUCAGCCAGGGCAGGUGGUUCAGGUGGAACUGUUUGACAAAGAUAUGGACAAAGAUGACUUCUUGGGCCGCUUAAAGAUCAAUCUCUCAGACAUCAUCCGUUCCCAACUCAUAGAUCAGUGGUACAGCCUGAAUGAUGUAAAGUCCGGUCGCCUUCGUCUUAUACUGGAGUGGGUGCCAACCGUGUCCAGUAAUGACAAGCUGGAACAGGUGAUGCAGCUGCAGUCUCUCCAGUCCUACCAAAACAAGACUGUUCCCUCUGCAGCCCUGCUCUUUGUUUACAUGGACAGAGCACACUUAUUGCCUUUUAAGAAGAGUGGUAAGGAACCAAAAGCUGGAGCUGAACUUGUAUUUGGGAGCACAACUCACAGAACCAAGGUUUGUGAUCGCUCCAGAUCUCCACAAUGGAGUGAAGCGUUCCACUUCCAGGUCCAUGACCCAAAUGAAGAGAUGCUCAUAGUGAAGUUAUCCAGUGCAUGGGAUCAGCCGAUGGGAUCCCUGGUGCUCCCUGUGAGGCAGCUCCUCUCUGAGCCUCAGCUGCUCCUGGACCAGUGGAUGCCUCUGGAUGGAGCCUUACCUGAAAGCAAGAUCCUCCUCAGAGCAGAGCUGAAAAUUCUUGACACACGGCUGACAGAAGUUCCACAGACAUCUGUAGCUGUUUCAGAAGAAGAAAGUAAAACUGCUGCUGCUGCUGAAAAGAUGCUGGAAACAGCUGAAGAGGAGGAAAAAAGACAAAACUUGGCAACAGAUGAUUCCCCUGUUGUGUCGGUCCAUCCUGCACACCCUGAAGCCAAGCAUGAUACAUCCCAUUCUCCUGCUCGAGUGGAGGAGCCAGCACCUGCAGAAGAGGCUCCAACUGAAUCACUCAUUAAGGUUGAAAGAGACAUGAAGCCACAGCCAGAGACAGGUUUAGGAGGUCUUGCAAAGGCUACAGUGACAGGUAUACCCACUGAUCCAGCACCCUCAGUAGAGGUCGUAGACGUUCCCAAAGUGGGUCCAAAACUUCCUCCACACACGGUGCCGAGUCAAGACUUUGGUAAAGAGGGGGUGCUGAGGAUCCACCUGCUGGAAGCCAAGAACCUAAUAGCAAAAGACAACCUGAUGGGGGGCAUGGUGAAGGGCAAGAGUGAUCCUUAUGUUAAAAUCAACAUCGGAGAGAAUUCUUUUAAAAGUCAUGUCAUCAAAGAGAACCUAAACCCGACAUGGAAUGAGAUGUACGAGGUAGUUGUGAAUGGGCGCAGCAAUCAGGACAUCAAGUUUGAAGCAUUUGAUAAGGACAUAGAUUCAGAUGACUUCUUAGGACGAUUCACUGUUCAGCUAAAUGAGGUCAUCAGAUCACAGUACACAGAUCAGUGGUUCUCUCUGAAGGAUGUGAAAUCUGGACAAAUUCAUUUGAUUCUAGAAUGGGUUCCUACUGUGUCAAACUCAGCAAGAGUAGAACAGGUGCUGCAGCUUCAAACUCUGCAGUCAUAUCAGAACAAAGCUGUUCCCUCAGCCGCUCUGCUCUCUGUCUACUUGGAGGGAGCACAUUCACUACCACUUAAGAAGAGUGGAAAAGAACCUAAAGCAGGUGUUGAGCUUGUUCUAGGUGAAACAACCUACAAAACUAAACUGUGUGACCGGAGUACAGAUCCUCAGUGGAAUGAGUCUUUCUACUUCCUGGUCCAUGAUCCUAAACGUCAGAUGCUUGUGGCAAAGCUGUCCAGUGGCUGGGAUGAGCCAAUUGGAGCUCUGGUGAUCACACUUAAGAAUCUUCUGGCUGCACCACAGCUGGUCCUGGAUCAGUGGUUUCCUUUAGAUGGAGCCUUACCUGAAAGUCAGAUCCUGCUGAGGGCUGAACUUAAGAUCCUGAACUCCAAGAUGGUGGACAUGAUUGAUUCAGGGACUCUGCCCUGUACUGCUCCUGCACCUGGAAAUGGUCAGGUGAAGUUGUCCCUGUCUUACAGCUCAAAGGAGAGAAAACUGGUGGUGAUUGUCCAUGCCUGCAGAGGUCUGGUUUCUCCAAGUAAGGACUCUGUUGACAGCUAUGUCUCCAUCAUGCUGCUCCCAGACAAAAGUAAAGCUACCAAGAAAAAGACAGCAGUGAGGAAAAAAGACCUCAACCCAGAGUACAAUGAAAGGUUUGAGUAUGAUCUGCGUGAGGAUGAGGCCAGAUUCAGGCGCCUCAGUGUGUCAGUAAAAAAUAACUCCGCCUCUUUCAGGAGCCCGGAUGUUAUUGGACAGGUGCUGAUUGAGUUGGCCCAGAUUGACCUGACUUCUGGAGUCACUGACUGGUUUACUUUGACUGAUGAUGCUGAAUAGCUGCCCUGCUUGCUCACUUGGAGAGUUUAAUGAAUCCACUCUGCUGUCACACUCACAGAUGCCUUCUGUUUCCCACCUUUGCACAACUGCUGUAGUUUUACCUGCAACCACGCAGCUCAUUGUGUAUUGCCAUGAAGUAUAAAGUGGAUUAUAUUGCACAUGCACCAAAGAUAAUAGAAAGAAGCAGUUAAGUAGAGAGAAAGAAAUGGAGUGGAAAGAUGGAGCUGAGGAGGUGAAUGAUGAAGAGGCCUUUGAAGUACUUUGUUUACUUUUGUUGAUUUUUUUUUCUGUGAGGAGAAUCUUAAAGUAGAAGAGCUUCCUGUUUGAAGGACAGAGAUGUUUAAUGUAUACUUUAAUUAAUGUGUUGGUACCAUUGCAGUAUUUUAAACUUUAUUUAAAAACAAGCUUGAAGUUUUAAUCAUUUCAGUGCAUUCUGCCAUGGAGUUUGGCUGUAAUCAUUUUUUCAAAUUUUUUUUUACAGUUUAGCCUUAUGACUUUUGAUAUAUUUGUGUGUAUAUCUGCAAAAAUCAGACUAAAUCCUGAUUGCUGAAAGAUGGUGUAAAAUAAAGUUGUUUUCCAGCUUCA